UGAACGUUAAUAUAAAUAUAACUGUCAAUUCCUCCAGUUAUGAAUAGCGCGAAAUUUUGUUUUCUUGAAAAGAACUUCAGAAAACCUUUAAUAGGGAAUUUAUCUGAAUGUCGUAGAUGUUAUUGUUAUACAUUUCCUACUAGUGAAGUAAAGAUCAUAAGAAAAAAGAAAGCUGAUAUUGUAGAUAACCUCAAAAAUGAGGAAGUUUAUGAAUCCAAGAGUGAAACAACAUCAACAGAAUUUAGAGUUAAUGAAGUAAAUAUUCAGAUGAUUUCUAGAAAUAUCUACGAACAGUUAUUUAAAAAUUGUAGUCCCGUUAUAGAUCCAAAGAUAAUAAAAAGUUGCCAAGAAAAUCUUCUGAAACAUGGAAUUAAUUAUAAAGAACAAGACUAUUUACCGGAUGUAAAAUUAAAAUUGCCAAAACUAGAAGGAAAAGAUGUUGUGGAGCAUUUUUAUAAUAUAGGUGAAAAGCAAAGCUCACCAUACAGGAGUUUGCUGAAGAAUCUGGCAACCAGUACAUUGCCACCAUUGCCAAAGAUAUGGUCUAAGAGAUCAGGGUGGUGCAAAUAUAAUGGCAACACAGCAGUACCUGUACCCUGUCCACUUGAUGAUGCCAUGGUAUUUGAUGUUGAGGUACUUAUGUCAUCAGGAAAUAGACCCACCCUAGCCUGUGCAGUAUCAUGUGACUCAUGGUAUAGUUGGGUCAGUGAACCUGUAGCUAAUGGAGAGCCACAUCAACAGUAUGAAAAUGUCAAUUAUGAAGAUCUGAUACCUCUAGAAACAGAUGGAAUGCAACCAUGUGGCGACCUAAACAGGCCCAGAAUAAUUGUUGGGCAUAAUGUAUCAUUUGACAGAGCGAAAAUUAAGGAACAGUAUUGGUUGAAUAAAACAGGUCUACGGUUUAUGGAUACAAUGUCCAUGCAUACAUGUGUUAGCGGUGUCACCAGCUACCAACGGACUGUUUUAAAGGCUAAGAACAAAGAACCUCACCCCAGUGAUGAUGACUGGAAGGAGAUUAGUUCCUUGAAUAAUCUUAGUGAGGUCCAUCAGUUGUACUGUGGCACUCUCGUAGAUAAACAGAGCCGUGACGUGUUCACGGAAGGUAAUAUGCAAGAUGUACACGAUAAUUUCCAAGAGCUGAUGUUGUACUGCGCGCGUGACGUGAUAGCCACUCACGACGUACUGAGGGAACUGUUGCCCCUGUUCCUUGAACGCUUUCCACACCCUGUAACACUAGCUGGCAUGUUAGAGCUAGGCUCCGCAUAUUUACCAGUGAAUUCGAACUGGCUACAAUACAUAGAUUCGGCGGAAACUGUAUUUGAAGAUUUGAAAUUAGAAUCUCGACAAUUACUGUCCCGCAAAGCAGACGAGGCUUGUCAACUAAUGAAAAAUGAGGCCUACAAAAAAGAUAUCUGGAUGUGGGACCAGGAUUGGUCAACCCAAACUUUGAAAUUGAAGAAAUCAACGACAAAGAAAACAAAUAUAACAACUAAUAGUUCCGAAAUAGAACUGGCCAGUAAAACGGAAAAAUUAAAAAAUAAGGAAUUUGAAAUGUUAAACGACGAAUAUAUAGAUUCUGUUGACGAAAUUGCCGAACCAGAGACAAAAGAUUUGGUGAAUUUAAGUAAAAAGUUUGAAUACUUGUAUGAAUUGGAGUCAUUAUUGCCAGUGAAGAGGCCGUACCUGGCGGGGUAUCCCGCAUGGUACAGAAAGUUAUGCAGUAAACCGGGUAGCCCGGGGUGGUCGCCCGGCGCUCACAAUAUUACCACUAGUAUGCAGAUUACUCCCAAACUCCUACGACUGUCCUGGGAAGGCUAUCCCCUCCACUAUAUCAAGUCGGAAGGGUGGGGUUUCUUAGUACCAUUCAGUAGAACACAUGGCGAGAUUGAGGAUGAAGAAACACCAUUACCUCUUGAGGAGUUAUUAGCCGCAUGUCCUAUGGUGUUCUGUAAGGAGAGCGACGUUGGAACCGAUGUAUAUUUGCUACCAAAAACUGUUGAAGAAGACUUAGGCAGGCGUGCUUACUAUGCUAGAAAGAAAGCGGACGAGCAAGCAGCCGCUAACCAAUACCACGGGCUAGGACUAUGGUGUGGGAUACAGUUGCAAGGGUGUUGCCACUUUCUGAGGUUGCCACACAAAGAUGGGCCCAAAUACAAAGUUGGCAACCCAUUAGCGAGGGACUUCCUAGAAAUGUUCAGUCAGAAUGUACUCACUGCACAGGGGAAUGAAGCUGAAAAGGUGUUGACCUUCGGACGCAUGAUGUCGUACUGGCGCAACAACCGCGAGCGCAUCAUGGGCCAGCAGGUAGUGUGGUUGCCGCGCGAACUACGACCGCAGUCGGCUGCCGACUAUCGCUACGGCGCCAUCUUGCCGCAGGUGGUCGUCGCCGGCACGCUUACCAGACGCGCGAGUGAGCCCACAUGGAUGACUGCGAGCAAUGCUCAGAGCGAACGAAUUGGCUCAGAAUUACGUGCUAUGGUGCAAGCGCCGCCCGGAUAUAAGUUCGUUGGGGCUGACGUCGAUUCACAGGAGCUGUGGAUCGCGGCGCUGCUGGGCGACAGCCGGCUGCGGCUGGCGGGCGGCAGCGCGUUCUCGUGGGCCGUGCUGGCGGGCGACAAGCAGCGCCGCACCGACCUGCACUCGCUCACCGCCGCCGCCGCCGCCGUGUCGCGCGACCACGCCAAGGUCAUCAACUACGCCCGCAUAUACGGUGCUGGCCAGAACUUUGCCGAACGACUAUUGAAGCAGUUCAACCCAACUAUGACGAUAUCUGAAGCUAAGAGUAAGGCGGCUAAGAUGUUCACAACGACCAAGGGACGCAGGGUUUACACGCUAAAGAAGAAGUAUAUGGAAGGCUUCAUGGACGAAGAUGUAGGAAACGAGACAGUAGAGAUGACUGGUUACCAAGCUAUGAGGCUGGCGAAAUUGAGCGGCAAGAAGGUGGAGGAAAUGUUUGAGAGGCCGCGAUGGGUCGGCGGCACCGAGUCGGAUAUGUUUAACAAACUGGAGGAAAUAGCCGAGUCGGAGUGGGCGUCGACGGCGUUCCUGCGGGGGCGGCUGUCGCGGGCGCUGGAGCAGGCCCGCGGGCGCUGGGCCGGCACGCGCCUCAACUGGGCCGUGCAGAGCGCCGCCGCCGACUUCCUGCACCUCAUGCUGGCCAGCCUCGCGCACCUCGCGCCGCGGGCCAGGUUUUGUCUGAGCUUCCAUGAUGAAGUAAGAUACCUGGUGCCCGAAGACCUAAAAUAUGAGACUGCAUUGGCUCUACAAAUAACAAACCUACUCACUAGAGCCUUCUGUUCACAACGAGUGGGUAUAAACGAUCUUCCUCUAUCGGUGGCAUUCUUUACGUCAGUUGAGGUAGACCAAGUACUGAGAAAGGAGUCCAACCUCAGCUGCACCACGCCAUCCAACCCGCAUGGUUUACAGAAAGGCUACAACAUACCAGAUGGCGAGUCGCUUAAUAUAUUCGAUGUACUUCAAAAGUGUGAAAUACAUAAUUUGAAAUAAUUAAUUCGUUUCUAUUAACUUACAUAUUAAGUAAAGCUAAAUAAAUAUACAGCAGC